GCGCGCCGCGGGGCCACAGUGUGUACGCAGGGCCCGGGCGACCGAGAGACCAUGGACGCGCCGCGGGGCAUCGGCACCUUCGUGGUGUGGGACUACGUGGUAUUCGCCGGGAUGCUGCUCAUCUCGGCUGCCAUAGGCAUCUACUACGCCUUCGCGGGAGGUGGCCAACAGACCUCCAAGGACUUCUUGAUGGGCGGCCGCAGAAUGACUGCCGUGCCCGUGGCGCUGUCCCUCACCGCCAGCUUCAUGUCUGCCGUCACCGUCCUGGGCACCCCCUCGGAGGUCUACCGUUUUGGGGCCAUAUUCAGCAUCUUUGCCAUCACCUACUUCUUUGUGGUGGUCAUCAGCGCGGAGGUCUUCCUUCCCGUGUUCUACAAAUUGGGAAUUACCAGCACCUACGAGUAUUUAGAGCUCCGAUUUAACAAAUGUGUACGUCUCUGUGGAACAGUCCUCUUCAUUGUUCAAACAAUUCUGUAUACUGGAAUUGUUAUUUAUGCCCCUGCCCUGGCUUUGAAUCAAGUCACAGGAUUUGAUCUGUGGGGUGCAGUAGUGGCAACAGGGGUGGUCUGUACAUUCUACUGCACACUGGGUGGUCUUAAAGCGGUUAUCUGGACAGAUGUUUUUCAAGUUGGGAUCAUGGUGGCUGGAUUUGCAUCUGUGAUUAUACAGGCUACAGUGAUUCAAGGUGGAAUCAACACUAUUGUAAAUGAUUGCUAUAAUGGUGGAAGAUUAAACUUCUGGAAUUUUGAUCCCAAUCCUUUGCAAAGACAUACAUUCUGGACAAUUAUUAUAGGAGGGACCUUCACAUGGACCAGCAUCUAUGGUGUCAACCAAUCCCAAGUGCAGAGAUAUAUUUCCUGUAAAAGCAGAUUCCAGGCAAAAAUGUCUCUCUACAUCAAUCUUCUGGGACUCUGGGCAAUCCUUGUCUGCUCAGUGUUGUGUGGGCUUGCCCUAUAUUCCAGGUACCGUGACUGUGAUCCUUGGACAGCCAAGAAAGUAUCUGCACCAGACCAGCUCAUGCCUUAUUUGGUACUGGACAUUCUGCAAGAUCUUCCAGGACUUCCUGGACUUUUUGUGGCCUGUGCUUACAGUGGAACAUUAAGCACAGUGUCCUCCAGUAUUAAUGCAUUAGCUGCAGUAACUGUGGAAGAUCUAAUUAAACCUCACUUCAGAUCGCUCUCAGAAAGGUCUCUCUCUUGGAUUUCCCAAGGAAUGAGUGUGCUGUUUGGAGCUCUGUGCAUUGGAAUGGCUGCACUGGCAUCACUAAUGGGAGCUUUGCUGCAGGCAGCACUCAGCAUAUUUGGCAUGGUUGGUGGACCACUUCUGGGCUUGUUUGCUUUGGGCAUUUUGGUUCCCUUUGCCAACUCAAUUGGAGCACUUGUUGGUCUGAUGGCUGGAUUUGCUGUUUCUUUGUGGGUUGGAAUUGGCGCUCAACUUUAUCCUCCACUGCCUGAGAGAACUAUGCCACUAAGCCUUGAAACCUAUGGCUGUAACAGCACAUACAAUAUGACAAAUUGGGUGACAACCACAGAAAUGCCAUUUUCUACUAGUGCUUUUCAAAUACACAAUGCAGAAAGGACUCCACUGAUGGAUAACUGGUAUUCCUUAUCAUAUCUAUACUUCAGCACUCUUGGAACUUUGGUAACGGUAUUCAUGGGAAUGCUGAUCAGUUUACCAACAGGGUCCCGAAAGCGGCUGGAAUUGGGACUGUGUCCGACUGAAAAACCAGACCGGGUCCGGAACCAACUGGUUCCGUCUUAG